AUGGAUCUACGUGCAGACGACUCCGCGCGGGCCGUCGAUAUUGCGAAGCAUUGGCUAGGCCGCCUGGAACAGUCGUCUGUGGCAGGGGACGUCGUCGCGUUCAGCAACCUGUUCGCCCCCGAGGGAUGGCUCAAAGAUAUGUUAUGUCUCUCAUGGGACUUCCGCAGCUUGUCUGGCAAGCAGAAGAUCGCCUCCUACGUAUCCGAGAAGCCCAGCGGUACGACGCGCCUCGCUCGCGCGGGACUCCAUGACGUCGAAGUCGAGCUCUCCUCCACCUUAGGUCCUCCGAGCUUCGAGUCCAUGCCGCUGGCGUCGGAUGGCCAAGGAGUACGCGCGACGUUCCGUUUCGUCUUGUCGUCUCCACUGGCGAAGGGCAGAGGAUACGCGUAUCUCGUGGAGGACGCAUCGGAAUGGAAGGCUUUCAUCCUGAUGCUCAGCUUGCGAGACUUGAUCGGCCAUGAGGAGCCUUGCGAACGCCCGUUGGGUAUCUUCCCUGACCACGCUACGUGGGAGGAAGUUCAGGCGAGACGUGCUGUUGCUACGGAAGCGGACCCUACGGUAUUGAUUGUUGGUGGCGGUCUAACAGGACUGUCGUGUGCAGUGCGACUGACGAGACUGGGCGUCCGCGCGCUCGUCGUCGAGAAAGACGGCCGCAUUGGUGAUGUGUGGAGGAAACGAUACCGAUCACUGCGGCUGCACUCGCCGGCUCAUUCGUGUGAGGUCAUGUCAGAGUACCCCUGGCCUCGGUUGUACCCGAAGUACAUAUCCAAGGAAAAGGUCGCAAAUCAGCUCGAAUACUUUGCGAUGGGUGAAGACCUCGUCAUCUGGACCUCGAGUACGCUCCUCCCUACGCCCCAAUAUGACGAGGCUGUCCAGCGCUGGACUGCGACUGUUGAUCGUGCUGGUACUAAGACGGUCCUGCGGCCUAAGCAUAUCAUCGUGGCGACAGGCUACGGCGAACCGAGCGUUCCUCGCUUGCGUGGGGCGGAUGCGUUUAAGGGAGUGAUGUACCACGCGAGCGAGCACCGUGGUGCGGCGCCGUUCCGGGACAAGAAGGUCGUUGUCGUCGGAGCGGGCAAUACAGCAUUUGACAUAUGCCUCGACUUCUUCGUCAAGGAAGCGAGCAGCGUGACGCUCCUGCAACGCAGCCCGACCUGCGUCAUGUCCGUGCAGACGUCCGACGAGCUCUUCCACAGCGUGAGCUACCCGGAGAAGUACGCCAUCGAUGACGCCGACUUCAACGCGCAGCACAUGCCGCUGCCCUUCCUCUUCAAGCUGCAGGCCGCCGUCGGCGUGCCUGUGCAGAAGGCGAAGGACAAGGCGCUGCUCGACGGGCUGGCGCGCGCGGGCUUCCAGCUUACCUGGACGGUGGACGGGGACAGCGAGGAGCUCGGCAUACCGGGGUUUGUGAUGAAGAGAUUGGGUUCGGGCGCGCUUCUGGACACGGGGUGCGGGCAGCUCAUCGUCGAUGGGAAGGUCAAGGUGCAGCACGGCGAGAUCGACACCCUCGAGGGCGACGCCGUCGUGCUCACCGACGGGACGCGCAUACCCGCAGACGUCCUCGUCCUAGCGACGGGCCACCGGCCAGCGAUCGAGACGAUCACGUCGCUCUUCGGCGCGUCGAUCACGGACAAGAUCGGCACGCGGGUGUGGGACCUGGACGCGGAGGGCGAGCACGCGAACGCGUACCGCCCAACGAGCCAGCGCGGGCUGUGGGUCGCGAUGGGCAUGUUCGGGCAUCCGCGCUAUCUGAGCAAGUAUCUGGCAUUGCAGAUCUUGGCGGAGGAGUUGGGUGUUAAGGAGGAGAGGUAA